GAGAGUCUCAGGAUUUCUCGCGACAGGUUAGUUCAGGCUCUCCGGAAGUGGCUCCGGAAGGAGCGUGCCUGCCUUCCUGCUCCGGACCAGCGCAGCGUGCACAGCUUCCGACACCAUGCAGUCCGACGACGUUAUCUGGAAUACACUAGGAAACAAGCAAUUUUGCUCCUUCAAAAUAAGAACCAAGACUCAGGGCUUUUGCAGAAAUGAAUACAGCCUGACUGGACUGUGCAAUCGCUCAUCCUGUCCCCUGGCAAAUAGUCAGUAUGCUACAAUCAGAGAAGAGAAAGGACAAUGCUACCUGUAUAUGAAAGUUAUAGAACGAGCGGCUUUUCCUAGGCGCCUCUGGGAACGGGUCCGGCUUAGUAAAAACUAUGAGAAAGCACUAGAACAAAUAGAUGAGAAUUUAAUUUACUGGCCCCGCUUCAUUCGACACAAAUGUAAGCAGAGAUUUACCAAGAUAACCCAGUAUCUAAUUCGAAUUAGAAAGCUUACACUAAAGCGACGGAAGAAGCUUGUCCCUUUGAGUCAGAAGGUUGAACGAAGAGAGAAGAGAAGAGAGGAAAAAGCAUUAAUAGCUGCUCAGCUGGACAAUGCCAUUGAGAAGGAAUUACUGGAGAGAUUGAAACAAGAUACGUAUGGCGACAUCUACAACUUCCCCAUUCAUGCCUUCGACAAGGCCCUGGAAAAACAGGAGGCAGAGGGUGACUCUUCAGAUGACGAAGAAAAAGAUGAUGAGGAAGAUGAAGAUGAGGAUGUGGGACAAAGAGAGUUUGUGGAAGAUGAUGAGGUAGAUGAGAGUGACCUGAGUGAUUUUGAGGAUAUGGACAAGCUAGGUGCCAGCAGUGAUGAAGGUCAGGAUGAUGAGUCCUCCAGUGAAGAAGACGAAGAAGAAAAGGCCCUUAGUGCAAAACACAAAGGCAAAGCUCCCCUGAAACGACCUUGGCAGAGAAAAGGAGGUGCCUAUGUGGAAAUUGAGUAUGAGCAGGAAACAGAGCCCACAGCCAAGGCCAAGGCCACAUGAUUCCAACUUCAUGUUUACUCUGCACUUCUUCCUUGUAACAGUCACACCUCCAAUUUUGUUCUUUAGUGUUAGAUUUCAUAUGGUAUUUAUAUUGUUAAUAUUUAUGUCACUUAAGUUGGGACAAGAAAUCUGGAGUGGAAAAGCCCUCAGCUCUAAAGGUUAUUUUUAUACAUGUGUUAUAACAGCUUGGGCCCAGAAGCUUAGCAGAUGAGUUCCUGAAUGUGGGUGUUAAAUAUUUCUAAAAUGUUUAAGACAAAAUCUUCCCUGCCCCGUUUUUACUUAGAAGUGGCAUGACUUUAAUUUUUCAUUUCCCUUAUUCUUAAGAGGGCAAACUCAAGGAAAGGAAAAAAGAGUUCCAACUUACAGUGUUCAUAUAAACCAGCUCUGUUCACGUCUCCAUCCAUACAAUCUGAGACAGGAAGGCCAUCCUUCCCUUCCAGGGCAGCAUCUAAGUCCCACUGCAGGGAGCACCUGCAGAAGCUGCCUGCACUUUUCUGACACAGCUCACCACCAUGCUGUCUUCACAUGAUAGGACAAUUCUGGCCAAAAGACUCUGAAACAUGAAACCAAAUAGGCA